CUCACACCCCGCAUCACUUCUACCCAGCAUUCGCCACAACACGCACACCAAUCAACCAUGGCAGAGACUACGACAAAAACUGAUUCGCCCAUGAAGAAGGCGAUCAUCACCGGAAUCACGGGCCAGGAUGGGUCGUACCUCGCCGAGUUCCUCCUCGAGAAGGGCUACGAGGUGCACGGCAUCAUCCGCCGGUCGUCGAGCUUCAACACGCAGCGCAUCGACCACAUCUACCGCGACCGCCACGAGAGCGCCGUCCGCCUGAAGCUGCACUACGGCGACCUCACCGACUCCACCAACCUCAUGCACAUCAUCUACGAGGUGCAGCCAGACGAGAUCUACAACCUGGGUGCCAUGUCCCACGUAAAGGUGUCGUUCGAGAUGUCGGAGUACACCGCCGAGGCGGACGGCGUGGGCGUCCUCCGCCUGCUGAAUGCCAUCCGCUCCGCCGGCCUCGAGAAGAAGACUCGUCUGUAUCAGGCGUCGACUUCCGAGCUGUACGGUAAGGUGCAGGAGAUCCCCCAGAAGGAGACGACCCCCUUCUACCCCCGCUCUCCCUACGGCGUGGCCAAGCAGUUCGGGUACUGGAUGCUCAUCAACUACCGCGAGGCGUACGGCAUGCACCUGACGAACGGCAUCCUCUUCAAUCACGAGAGCCCCCGCCGUGGCCCCACCUUCGUCACUCGCAAGAUCACUCGUGCUGUCGCCCGCAUCCACCGUGGCAAGCAGAAGACCAUCUACCUGGGGAACCUCGACGCAAAGCGUGACUGGGGUCACGCCAAGGACUACAUCAAGGGGAUGUGGCUCAUGGUGCAGAGGGACGAGCCCAGCGACUACGUCCUCUCCACCGGAGAGUGCCACAGCGUCAAGGAGUUCGUCGAGGAGUCGUUCAAGUACGUUGGCACGGAGAUCACGUGGGUGGGCGAGGGCGUGGAGGAGUACGGGCACGCGAAGGGUGACCCGGAGAAUGUUCUGGUCAAGGUCGACCCCCGCUACUUCCGGCCCACGGAGGUGGAGCUCUUACUGGGCGACUGUACCAAGGCGAAGAAGGAGCUGGGGUGGGUGCCGGAGAUCUCGUUCACGGAGCUGGUCAAGGACAUGAUGAAGGCUGACAUUGCCUACGUUGAUGCCGGAAACGAGCACCUCUAAGCAGACUUGUUUAUUUCGACCACACUCUUCUUUGCCGUAUUUUUUUUUGUUAAGACGAGGGGGGGACAGGAACAAGGUGGGGACGCGGACUGAUUUGGGUGGGGGGCACAAAGAAAACGAUCCGUUCGUUUUCGAACGCCGUGUUUCGGCCGGCGUUGCGUGUUGGGGAGAGAGCGUUUCGCCAGCGCGAAAAGCUCCAGGCGGGUCGACGCGUGCGAAUGAGGCGAUUGGAGUUAUUAAUGAAGGAAGAAGGGGAGCUGUUUUUCCAGCGGCAAGCUGCCCCCCUUGUCCUGUUGCGUCCACCUCCUCAAACUAAAGGGGUCAGGCAUGUAUCUUUCAAUUCUUCUGUUUGUUUUGAAGGCGUUGUUUGUUGGGUAUGUCGGGCGAAGUUUUAUCGACUUGGGCACGAACCAGUGCGUGCAUGGUUUUGGUUGCUUUCUUCGCGCCUACGCGUCUAGUAUCAGUGCAGGCCUCCCGUCGUGUUUUUGUUGUUGUGUUGUCUUCACAUUAAAAACCGUGUGCACACAUCCAAUACGGACUGUUACACGUUUUUUUUUUUUUCACGGGAAAAGUGCGGGAAUCGUGUCUCUGGGUGAACUAAUAGCUAUUGCAUAGCGUAGCAGAGGCCACCUGUGUAACAUUAGGAGAGCCCGCUGGUAGCUGCUGUGUGCAUUUUUGGACCUGGGCCGGGGGAAUUGUUGACGGUCCGGGGUAACAGUGAAAGUACAGUUGUGGUGUGUCCCCCAUGUUGUGCGAAUUGAGUGCGAGUGUUUUGGGCUGCGAUGAUGAUAGCGUUUCGCCUUUUUUGCUACGAAUGUGCGGGAUUGUUUUCCGUGCUCUUCUCUGCAAGCCUGCAUCGAUUCUAUGCAAGUAGUGUCGGAGAGAACGUGUUUUUGGUGGAGCUGAAUUUUUCCCUCGCGCAUCUUCGUAUCUAGUCUACACAGAAAGAUGAAUAGUAGGCCGGAACCGGAAAUGUAUUGCUUCCUGAAUCGUGUAUGUUGUGUUCAAACCAGUUGUUUCAACCCGUCCAUGGAGAAGACCUUGAAUGAUCGCACACAUGUGUUUUUUUGUGUUAAAGCAACAUGUUUCCUACGACCUCGGCUCUCGGUACGUUUUCGUUUCCGGAAGCACCAACCAGUCAAGUGACACCGAGGAGGGCCAUGCAGACGAAGUUUUUCGUUAGAUAGUCCAGGCUAACAGCAGCGUUGGACCUUAUGAACAAAGAACCUACAAUGUGCUCGACGAUCGCGACGGCGACGCCAAAAAAGUGAAGAGAUAACUGCCCG